AUGCCGUUCGAUUUCGACCGCAUAAUCGACCACCAGCUCUACCUCGCAACGCAGCAGUGCAUCCAACCGCACGUACUACAGCAGAGGCGGGUCAGCAGUGCACCCGUCCCCUCCACUGUUGCUGCUGCUGCCGCCGCCGCUGCGGGAGUCGGUCCUGCCAGAGCAGCUGGUGUGCGCAAGUCGUCCCUGGGCUCGCUCGUCUCGCCAUGGAGCCCCUUCAGCGACGGCAGCAGCAAUGGCAGCAGUAGUAGUAGCGGAAACCCCAGGGCCCUCGCCGCGUACAGCUACCAGACGAGGCGGCAGCAGGGCUCCUCGCCGAUCGACCUCUUCUUCGCAGAGAUACCUUUGCUCGGCGGCAGAGGGCAUUAUGGACGCGGGGUCGAGACCCCUCUGGCUCGGGACGACAGCAGCUCCAGCCUCGAUCACUUUGUCACAGCCCCUGUCGGGGAUUUCAGCGCAGGCGCCGGUGCUGGUGGUGCUACCGAGCUGCUGCCGCCGCCGCCGCUGCAGCACCGGAACGGUACUGACUCCGGGCCCGGGAGCAGCGACACCGACGACUGGGCUUUUGCGACGGCGAGCGGCGGUAGUGCCGCGGGGACUUGCUCGGGCCUGGACACGACCGUCGACCUGACGCCGUCGCCGCCACCUUCAUCAUCGUCAUUCCACGUGCGCAAAAGGGUUGCCACAUACAUGACAGCAGCUGCACCAAAACCUUCAGACCGACGAAACCACCCCGCUGGCCCAGCCUCGGCAAGGGUGCCCGCCCCCGCUGAGGUCUCGGUCAUAACCCUCCCGGUGCGGGACCUGCAGCGCGCGAAGCGCUUCUACGAACGUGUCUUCGGCACGCCGUGCCUCUCUUCGUCCGGGGACGGCAAGUCUGCGGCUCUCCACCUCAACAACGGCGCGCUUGUCGUUACUUUACUCGAGUCCGAGGAGAAGGGGUGCAGGGGCGGUAAUGGCCAAGUGGUCCUGCUCACCGUGUCUGUGGACGACGUCGAGGAGGUAUACCGCCGGCUGCGGUGCUUUGAGGAAGAGGCUGAGGGGGCGGAUGGUAUGGAAGACGUUGCUAUCCCGGGGUUUUCGGCGUUGGUGUCUAGGCCUUGGGGGUUGCCGGUUAUUAUGUUUUCUGACCCUGCCGGAAAUAGGUGGCGGGUUUCACAGGAAACGGAGAGCUCAUGA